UUGGUUUCGCUACUGUCCGUGAUAAUGGUUUUAAUUUUUUUUAUAACUUUUUUAACAUAACUCGUGUCUGAAAGUUAAAAAAGUUUUUCAAAGUUAAAUACUAGUGGUGUUAGAUCUGUUAAACAUUGUUUAUAAAAAGUUUUGUGAUAUUUGAAAAGUUCUGACAAAGUUUUCUAGUUGGGAGUGGCGGUGUGUGUGUGUUGUCAUGUCUAAGAAAGUUGGUAUCAUCACAGAAACUUGAUUGAAAACAGAUCAUCCGUGUGAGAUAAUCUUGUGGGAAAAUGGAGCCCAGUUGUGUAGACGAGCGGGAGGACGUACAAAAGAAGACAUUCGCUAAAUGGAUAAAUUCACAACUUGCAAAGCACGGCAAGCCGCUCGUAGAAGAUCUUUUUCAAGAUCUGCGCGAUGGAGAAGUUCUGCUGUCACUCUUGGAGAUCCUCACCGCGCAACAGUUUAAACGUGAGCGUGGUCGCAUGCGUGUUCACCACCUCAAUAAUGUAAACGCAGCUUUACGCGCGCUCGCGGCAGCCGGCGUCCGGCUCGUCAACAUCAGUAGCGGAGACAUCGUCGAUGGCAACCCUAAACUCAUACUCGGAUUGGUGUGGAGUAUUAUUUUGCACUGGCAAGUCCAUUAUCACUUGAAAGAGUUGAUGUCGGAAUUGCAGCAGACGAAUCUUGAGAAGACAUUGCUAGCCUGGUGCCGGACUCAUACACAAAAUUAUAUGGGCGUUAAAGUAGAAAACUUCACGUCGUCAUGGUCAGAUGGUCUGGCAUUCAAUGCUCUGCUGCAUCGCUGGAGACCUCAGCUUUUUGACUACUCCAGCUUACUCAACCUGACUCCAGCUCAGAGACUGGAACAUGCGUUUGCGCUUGCGCAACGCCAUCUAUCAAUUGACCGGUUGUUAGAUCCUGAAGAUGUAAAUACACCGAAUCCUGACAAGAAAUCCAUAAUGAUGUAUGUGAUGUGCUUAUUUCAAUCUCUACCUCACUCGAACAAUGACAUGGAACCAGCUGAGCACGUGGAGAGCUCGGAGCACGGCGUUGGACAAUCAGCUGACAUGGACGAGCCGGCUAGUCCUACUGAUGUACUCUGUGGAGGAAGUGCAGCAGCGUCUCGUCCGGUAUCCGUAGCUACAACUUGCUCAGUGGAGCUAGGUGCUUACGGUGCUGCAUUAGAAGACGCACUCGCAGCCCUACUCGACGGCGAAGAACGCUUGCACGCGUCACCACUACCUGAAGAGAGCGAAGUCGACCAGCCUGGCGCUUACUUAGCAGCACUUAAAGAACAUUUCCACUCUCAUGAGAAAUUCCUGCUGGAGCUGUCGGAGCAGCAGUGCCGCGUGGGCGCCGUGCUGGAGGAGGGCGCGCGCCUCGUGCGCGACCAGGCGCUGUCGCGGGACGAGGCCAACGAGGUCCGUCUUCAGAUGCGUCUACUCAACCAGCGCUGGGAGCAGCUGCGGCUCGGAGCGAUGGACAAGCAGGCACGCGUGCAUCGCGCCCUCAUGCGCGCGCAACAUCGACAGCUCAACGCUUUCCGGCAAUGGCUGACGGCGACGGAGGACCGCAUGUCGCGCAUGGAGGCGGCGCACGAGCAGCCCAGAGCGGCGCUGGAGAGCACGCGCGCGCUGCACGCCGACCUGCGCCGCCAGCAGCCGCUCGUCGACGCGCUCGCCGACUGCGUGCUCGUGGUCGACGACGACGACGCGCACGACGCCAGUGUGUCGGAGAUAGAAGAUCAGCUCCGAGCGUUGGGCGAGCGCUGGUCGCACGCGUGUCAGUGGACGCUCGCGCGACUCGAGCGCAUGCAGCGCUGCGACGCGAUGGACCAGCAGGAAGCACAGCUGCGUACCGACAUCCAACAACUAGAAACAGACCUCAAGCAGAUGGAGGCAUACCCAGCGAGUGAGAUCGGUGAAGUGCUAGAACGAAUAUCAGCGCUACAGCGCUGCAGUGCAUCUCUAAUAGCUAAGCGACACGGUUUAUCAGAGUUGCUGCAACAGCUACAAGACAUGGAAGGAGCCGAAGAACUGGCGGAUAGUGUUGAUGAAUUACAUGACAAAAUCGAGGCGUUGGAGCUUAUACUACGUGUACAGGGAGACCGGAUCAAGGAAUUAGGUUUCGAGUUCGAUAUAACGAUGACCGAGGAAAGCACAGGGGGAACGAGUACCAUCACUACGACCAGCACUGUUACAACGACAUUCGAUCUUGACCAUCGGACGAAGAAACCUCGUCUGAGUGACAAGUCUAGUUCAGAUUUCCAGAUUGGUUAUAAAGUGUUUGAUAACUGGGCAGAGACGACGGAAAAGGCGCUGAGUGAAUGUUUACGGGCCCUGAGCGAGAGCUCCAGCGAGUCGUCGCGCGAGACUGCUAGGGCUUUACUCCAGCGAGUGCAGCGCGAAAGCGAGGAGCAGCGCGCUGAUUUCGCUAACGUGGAAGAGAUACAACGCCGGCUCGCUGCUGAUGUGUCGCUUCGAGAGGAAGCUCAAUUACACGCGGACAGUAUCGAAGAAUUAAAGAAACGAUGGGAGGCGAUACAGAAGACGCUCCUUGAAAUACGAAACAUGAUGAACCUCUUGGAAGAUAAAGAGAACUUCUACAAGAACGUAGAAGCCUUGCAGAGAGAACUUGACGACGUCCACUCGUGGAAAGACAAAAUGUUGAAAGAACCAGCAACGAACAAUCAACUAAUACAUUUACGAAACAAAAUACGCGCGGUUAAACAGCUUGAAAUGAAAUUGAAAGAAUUGAACGCGCAGUCGAUAAUACUACUCACGAAAGCGAUAUCUAAAUCGCACAAGGACGAAAUCGAGAGGGACGCGAAACGAAUAAACGAAACGUUCGAAGAAUUACUUCUAUAUUUAAGUAAGAGAGAAGUGGAAAUCAAGAUCGCUCUCAAUAAAAGAGUUCCCACAUUGCAAAGUGACGAGGAGUACAAAGUCGUACAAAGAAAAAUACAGGAGAUGGAAUCGCAGAUUAUCAGCGAACAUGCGAUAAUAUCGUCCAAGGAGGACAUGGGGACGAAGCUCGAGGAGCUGAAGCUGAUGCGUCGGCAGUUCGACGACCUGCAGGCGUCGUACGACGCCGUCGUGAAGGAGAAACGAGAGAAGUUCGAGAAAGGAAGCGUGCAAGAAUUAAAUCUGAGGAGCAGCGUCGAGAAUCUAGUCAUGAGGUUCUCCGAUUCGAAGACUAUUCUCGAGCAGAAAAUUAAUAAGUUAGAGAAAGGCAUCGAGCUUGUGGAUAAAUUGGAACGAGAACAGAGUGAACUGAAACAGUGGCUAGACGGUGUGCAGACAUUCGUGGAUAAAAACUCCGUGGUGUCCAUAGGUGAUGUGUCGGAGUUAGAGAAACUUCUGGAAACUAGUAACAAAUUCGAUGAACAAAAAUCUAACUACAAAGCAAUGUUAGAAAGCAUUGAAGCUACUAACGAAACGAUACUUGAAGACUGCGAUGAUACUUUAUCAAAACAAUUGAAAGCCGACGGUAAAGAUCUACGGAAGCGCUACGAAGCCGCUACAGAGGCGUCUCUCAAACUCAAUGAGAGUUUACGACGAGCAUUAGAGAAGACGGAGGGAUUGAUACGGCGUAUCGACGAAAUGGAGGAGUGGCUUGUAAAGAUCGAAGAUGAAAUGCCGAAGGAAGACGAGUGUAACAUAUCAGACUCGGCAGAAUUAUAUCAGAUGAAGACACGGUUCCAGGCGUUGAAGGACAAGUGCGAUGACAAGACGCCCGAUUUUAGGAAUCUGAACGAAGAUGGCAACGAGGCGCUGCUGUCGGCGGAGCGCGCGCCGGCGCUGGCGCGGCGCCUCACGCAGCUCAACGCGGGCUGGACGCGCGCCACGCACUCCGUGUACGAGCGCUACAAGGUGCUGGCGGAGGCGUGGCACGAGUCGGGCGAGCUGCGCGCGUGGCUGGCGCAGCAGGCGGCGUGGCUGGACGGGCUGCAGCGCCGCCUCACGCGCGAGCGGCGCGCGCGCGCCGACGCCGAGGACAUCUCCGACGAGCUCUACGAUUUGGAGAACUACGUGUCCAAUCGAAGCGAGGAGCGCAUGAGUCGCAUAGAGGCGGUCGGCCGUCAGCUCGCAGACGCGCAUAUCAUGCCCAACUGGAUACGAGCAGAGAUCGAUGCGCUCACUCAGCGGUGGGAGACGCUGCAACAGCAGGCGGCGGCGCGCACGGCGGAGCUGGAGGCGGCGGCGCGCGAGGCGGCGCGCUGCGAGGUGUCGCUCGACAACCUGCAGCAGUGGCUGCUCGCGCUGCGGCAGCGGGCGCUGCUCGACGAACACGUGCACUCGGAGCAGCUGUCGGCGGAGUUUACUGCGCAGCGCGGUGUGCUGCAAGAGGUGGAGCAGCAGGUGCAGGCGUACCGAGAGGCCGGAAAGCUAGAGGCUGCCGAGCGACUGCGCGACCAGCUGCAACUCGCGGAGCGGAACCUGAACGAGGCCGAGGAGCAGUUCCUCGAGCCGAAGCGGCGCAGCCCGGCGCCCGCGCAGGCGGAGGCGGAGGAGGCGCAGGAGGCGCAGGAGGCGGGCGGCGAGGGCGAGGCGGCGCGGCUGGCGCGGCGGCUGGCGCGCGCGGGCGACGUGCUGCGCGAGGUGCAGCGCGGCGCCACGGCGGCGCUGCAGCUGCGCGCGCCCGACCCCGACGCCGUGCGCGCGCAGCUGCGCACCUGCCUGAGAUUUUACCGCACUCUAAGUGAAAUCAAAUCCGAAGUUGAAUCAAUUAUCAAAACUGGUCGGAAGAUGGUCGAAGAGAAGGCCGUCCCCGAACCGCAAGAGUUCUCCAAAAAAAUAGACAUGUUGAAGGAAUUAUACAACAAGCUUGGAGCACACGUGACCGAAUCAAAGACAAAAUUAGAAACUGCUCUGCUUACUGCGCGUGAGAUACAAAACGAUUUGCAGUCUCUGACCUCCUGGCUCCAAGGCUUAGGAAACGUCGGGAAACAGACGCUCGAACUAGAAAUGUCCCGAAUGGAAGCCAUCAAAGAUAAACUAAACGCUAACUAUGUUGAAUUCGCGAAAGGUUCCGACCCAGUGUAUUUAGCGAGUCUACGUGAACAAAUCGACGAUAUCAACUCUCGUUGGGAUAAUUUGAAACGCCAUGGUCUUGGAAAGAAGGAGACGGAGCUAGAGAGUCUCCAGAGAUACUUAAAUGAUAUAGAUCAAGAGUUGGACAGUCCUGAAACGAUGUCGGCGGCGAAAUUAAAGCUGUUGAAAACUGAAGUUCGGUUGAAGGCGGCUGAAGUGGAAUCCAUCGACAACAGAGCGUUGUUGAAACAGUGGGAGAGAAUUUUAGAGAAAAUAACCGCCGAAACAAACACAGAUGACAAUGACGCGGUAGUUGUUGAGUAUGAGAAUGUGACGGAUACUAUUAAGAGACGAUUAGAGAGUCCGGUAAACUCGCCUGAGACUGAGAAACCAGAGUUCAAGAAGUCUAGAAUACCCUUAGCUUUAAAGAGUCCUGUGCCAAUAAAGAAAGAAGUUAAGGAGGGCGGUAAUAGAAGUAGGGGUUCUUCGCUGGAAAGACGAAAUAAGAAAGCCGGCAGUCCCAUGACAGAUAGUAUAACAAGUACCAUGUCCACCGACUCAAUUGAAGGAUCUAUUUCUAUCAUGGGUUCUUUACCAUCGACACCGGAAACGCCACGCAAAGAUAGUAGUACAUUCAAUCUCUUACAAGACAGUGACUUGUUUACGCAAAUAUCUAAGAAUAAAAUCGAGCCUAAAUUACCGGUAGCACAGGCUAAAACAUCUAAACCUGAUCCGUUUCAUGUCGUGGAAGUUAAGGAACAUGAGAUUGUCAAGUCGACUGUUAGUCCAGUAGAACCAAUGGAGAUAUAUCCAUCCGAUGCAGUUGAAACUGUAGUCGAGUUUAUUCCGCAAACGGUAGAGACGGUUGAGAUUAUUGACGAUACAGAAGGAGAAUCCAUAGAAGAAUCUGAUGAUGAAAAACCUAAUUCUAAACGAAAUUCAGUUGAUUUAGGUUCAGAACCUAAAACAUUCGUCGUUGAAGUUAAAACACUUGAUCAUAGAAUGAAGCCAACCCUAGGUAUACUUAAAAGAAGAAGUGGUUUCAAUGAAGAAAGAUCAAAAGUAAUGAAAGUGACUCUGGAUGUUCCGGAUUUGAUACCGUUUUCAGAUAAAGAUCAAGAUGUUUCAAUGAGUACACCACCAUCUACUCCAGCAGAAGGAGUAGAAGCUAAAGAGUGUCCUUUAUUAUAUGACUUAGCGGUAAGGCAAAAAGAAGCUCAAAAGCAUUUGAUGAGAGAUGAAGUUAACGAAUAUUUGAUACUGGAUGAGGUUCCUAAAGAUCAAGCAGCGUUACCAGAGCCUUCUGCGACCGUUACCUUAGCAAGUGAUGCAUCAGAGGAGGAAAAACUAAAGAAAGAAGAUGUUGCAAAGAAACCUGAAACACUUAAAAGCCAAUCGACUAACAGUGAUGUGGAUGAAGUCAUUUAUUCAGAAGUCGAAGACACUCAACAGGUUCGUCUCUCUGCAUCUGAAUUCGAUGUUAAAGAACCACUGUCAACAUCGACACCUAUUAAAGAAGACAAGAAUAAGAAACAGGUUCAUGUCGUAGCCAUGUCACCGAAGCCCGGUCAAGAUGAAGAACAAGAGGACAUUCCUCCAUCGCCGAAAUCCAGGGCUUCAGCGAGUCCAUUAUUUGGUCUGAAGUCACAAAUACCUGUUACCAGAGAUAAGAAAAUUUCGAACGAAAAAUAUCAGCGGACUGAUGAUUAUGCCCAAAUAUCGGAUAUAACCGAGAGCUCGCCGGAGACAGACGACACGAGCGAAUCGUUAGAUCGGGCCGCGCCUUCGGAUCUGAAGCGCCGCUUCCCGAACGCGUGUGACGAGGAGCUGGAGCAGUUCGCGGGCGAGGCCGAGCGGAUGGCGCGCCGCAUGCACGUCAUGCUGCUCACUGUGGGGGGAGUGGCCAGCGAGCGAGACCCCGCCAAGAGGUUGGAGAUAUUAAAGAACCAGCUCGGAUCUGUAGCGCCCGAUGCCGCAGCUCUCAUAUCGCGCGGUGACAGCCUCGUCUACAACAAACACAAAGACAAUCCACAACUAGCGGAAUAUUUACAGACUCACUACCAAGACAAGUUACGAAACAAAUGGUCGAUUGUGAUGUCGGAAAUCGAAACGAAACGCAACGCGGCCCUCAAAGCCGAGGAUGACGUUAAGGAAUUGAACACCUUGAUCGAGAGCAUGCAGAAAUGGAGCAAAGAUUUCGAAGUCAAGAUCAAAAAUGGAGGGGAUGGGAUGAAGGAGGAGUUGCUUGAUCGGGAGAAUGAUUUAAAGCGUAUACACGAUCUCUGCAGGGAGUUACGCGUGCAAAGAGUUACGUUCCCGGAGAGAGCGGCCAGUGAUGUGGGUGUCAUGUUUAAUAGGAUUAGAGACGCCUAUGAGGCAACAGUGCCGAAGAAGGAUAGAAAGAAAACGGAGAGCAACGAGGCCCGCAACGGCGAGUUCGUGACGCGCGCCAACCGCGCGCGCGAGGCCGUGGCCGCCGCGCUCGCCGCGCUGCGGGCGCCGCCGCUCUGCGGACGCGACUACGACGACUUCCCGCUGCAGGAGGACGCGCUGGCGAGAAUAAAAGCGUCGAUGGAGGACAUACAGACGUCCGUGGAGGAAAUCGAAAAUUCAUACUCCUUCGCAUCUCGGAAGACCGCGAGCGAGCAGGUCAAACGCGUGCGAGACAAACUGCGCGCCGAGUGGACUUCGCUGCUUGAAGUUUACAAGGAGAGACACGAAAGAUGGUCGCGUUGCCAAUCGUCCUGGGCGGCGCUUUAUGCUGCUUUAGAAAAAGGGGGAGAAGCAUUGGAUGCUCUGGAACGAGACUUGGAUACAGCCGCUAAUGGGAAUAUCACACAACAACAGCUGGAGGAUUUGGAUAAACAGGUGCGCGCGCGGCAGCGCGAGGCCAACGAGAUCUCGGCGCUGGGGCGCGUGGUGCUGCGCGCGUGCGGCGGCGCGCUGGCCGCGGCCGUGCGCGAGCAGCUCGACGCGCACACGCUGCGCGCGCGCCACGCCGCGCGACACAGGUUCUCCGAAGCGACUAAGAACAACAACGCAGUCGGUGCGAUUAGUGCGACUGGUGCGACUGGUGCGACUGGUGCGGGUGGUGCGGGUGGUGCGGGUGGUGCGGAGUCCGCUCUCCGCAGCGUGCGCGAGUUGCUGCUCACGACGAGCGCCAACCCCUCCGACCACACCAGUCUGGCCAUACGACUCAGUCUCGUUAAAGCCCGCGAAGAAGAGCUCGGUCGCGCGGCGCGUGAGGCGGAGACGCAGCUGCGCGCGCACGACGCGCCCGACUCACAGGACGCACGGCGCUUGCGCAACGUUCGCGACGAGUUGGAGAAGGCUCAAGCAAGUCUAUCAGCUCACGGCGAAUACGUAAAGAGCAAGCUGACCGCACUGGGCAAGUACACGACACGGUUGGACGCAGCGCUCGCCUGGGCAAUGGAGACACGUGCGCGACUCGCUCUAGCAGACGACCUGCCAACCGCUUCGCCAACGGAUUUGGACACUAUAAUAAAAGACAAAGAAACGGAAAUUCGAGAGGUUCUCGAAAAUUACAACAACAUAGAACGCGAAUGUGUCGCAGCGAAGCAAACCGUAUCACCCGAAGUCCGAGAACGAGUGUUAAAGCUAAAAGACGACUGGGCGUUCAUUCGCGAUAGUUCUAGAAGAUCUCAAGAUGUCCCAGUUCGGGCGCCAUCGACACCGCGUUUUUCUAUGGAACGACAAUCGGACGGUGACAAGUCAGAUUCGCAGCUCGAGUGGAGCGCGCGGGUAGGGUCUCGGCGUCGCUCGGCGCAGGGCUCGCCCGCCGCGCUGCUCGCGCACUUCGAUACCAGCGUGCUUCAGAUUCGUGACUGGUUGUCAGUUGAAGUGGAUAUGCUGCGCGCGCAGCCUGUCGCCGUUGGCGACGUAGAUGACAUCAUACAACAAUUGGACAAACAAAAGGGUGUUCUCAGAGAGCUCGAACAAAAGAAACCACAACUGGACGAGCUUCUCCACACGGCCGAGAGUUUGAAAGGCACCGAAAAUAGGCAACAACUUCAUGGCAAAGUAACCGCGCUCAGAGAACACUGGGAUGAGGCAAACGCUCGUGUCCUUCAGCGAAAAGCUCAGCUGGAUGCGAUGCUCGGCGACUCUCAGCGAUACGAAGCGAGGCGUCGCGAUGCUGAUGCAUGGCUAACGCGCAUGGAGACGCGCUUAGCGAGUAUGACUCCACCUGGACACACUGCUGACGUUCUUGAGAUGCAGCUCAGAGAACAGAAGUCAUUCCACGCCGAAGUACAUCAAUACAAGCAUCAGAUCGAACUCUUCGGUCAGCUGACGCAGCGCCUCAUUGCGGUUUACAGAAACGAUGACACGACGCGCAUCAAACGUGCUACUGAAUCAAUCAACCAUCGCUACAACGAACUGAACAAUAGUAUCGUGGCUCGCGGGAAGGCGUUACAUUCUGCGGUUUCGUCGCUGCAAAAUUUCGAUCGGUCACUGGAGAAUUUCGUGGCUUGGCUGAGCGAAGCGGAGUCAUUGCUGGAUGCGGCUGAACGAGAUCCUCAUCUGCUCAAGGACUUACAAUCAGAAAUCGAGACUCAUCGCGAUGUAUAUGCAUCGCUCACGGGAACCGGGCGGCGCCUGCUCGGCUCCCUGUCAUCGCAAGAAGACGCCGUUAUGCUACAAAGAAGACUAGACGAAAUGAACCAGAGAUGGCACCAUUUGAAAGCAAAGAGUAUGGCUAUCAGGAAUCGUCUAGAAAGCAAUGCAGAACAUUGGUCGGCGUUGCUGUUAUCAUUACGCGAACUGACUGAAUGGGUCAUACGCAAAGAGACUGAAUUGAACGCGCUGGCACCGCCGCGAGGCGAUCUAAAUGCUCUCAUCAAACAACAGGAUGAUCACCGAGCAUUCAGACGUCAGCUAGAAGACAAGAGGCCGGUUGUCGAGAGCAAUCUCCUCAGUGGAAGGCAGUAUGUAGCCAACGAGCCUGCGCUCUCCGACACUAGCGACACAGAACUGAGCAGAGACAGCGAAGGAGACUCACGCGGUUAUCGCACAGCGGAGGAGCAGGCGCGGGAACUGUCGAGAUCCAUUCGUCGAGAAGUCGCCAAGUUAGCCGAUAAAUGGAACACCCUGGUGGACAGGAGCGACGCGUGGGGACGAUGCUUGGAUGACGCUGUACAGCGUGUCCGAACAUUCACAACAUCGCUCGACGAGCUAGCUUCGCGUGUGCAAACAGCGGAGGCUGCGCGUGCAUCAUGGCGCGCGCCCGGCGACGCCCGGGAUGCGCGCGCUCAGCUCGACGCUGUUUCGCGUGCGCGGGCACAGCUGCCACCGCUGAAGAGAUUGGUAGACGAGCUGAGAGGUCAAACUCAGGCGAUGGCGAGGGAUAAUAUCCAAUUGCCUGAACAUUUAGUUGCGAGACUUGAGGAUUUGAACACGAGAGUAUCAGGUCUAAGCGCCGGUGGAGAAGAGCGCGCGCGCCAGCUUGCUGGCGUAGCCAGGGAUGGCGGAGCGGGAGCAGCUCAAGGAUUCCUAGCUGGCUCUGUCCGCACACCCUGGGAGCGAGCUGUCACACCAGCCAACGUACCGUAUUAUAUAAACCAUGAAUUGGAAACGACGCACUGGGACCAUCCAAAGAUGAUCGAACUGAUGAACUCACUGGCUGAUCUGAACGAAGUGCGCUUCUCAGCUUACAGAACAGCUCUCAAACUGAGAACUGUCCAGACAGCUCUUUGUAUGCAUAUGCUGCAACUACCCGCGGCUCUCGAAUCGUUCGAUUCUCACGGACUUCGAGCGCAAAACGAUCGCCUCAUCGAUAUUCCUGAUAUGAUCACCGUGCUAACAUCCUUAUAUGAGGUCAUUGCAGCAGAAAAUCCAAGUCUAGUGAAUGUUCCACUUUGUCUAGACCUGUCCAUCAACUGGUUGCUUAAUGUGUAUGACAGCCAGCGAACCGGCCAGAUCAGGGUAUUGAGUUUCAAGGUCGGGUUGGUGUUGCUCUGUAAGGGACAUUUGGAAGAGAAAUAUAGGUAUUUAUUCCGAUUGAUUGCUGACCCAUCUUGCCGCGCUGACCAAAGAAAACUAGGAUUACUUCUACACGAUUGUAUACAAGUUCCAAGACAGUUAGGAGAAGUAGCGGCAUUUGGCGGCUCUAAUAUAGAACCCUCAGUGAGGAGCUGCUUCGAACAAGCAUCUGUUGCCACCAAGGAGGGUAACAGAGGAAGUACGCUUGAUAGAAAAGCAGUGGAAAAAGAGAAGGAAAAAGAAGACACCAAAGAGAAGACGUUAGAGAGAGAUGCAGAUGGCCAGCUUCAGUUUAUAGAGGCAUUCCACUUCCUCCAAUGGCUACAGAAGGAGCCACAGUCCAUGGUCUGGCUGCCGGUACUACACAGGCUUGCUGCUGCAGAAAGUGCGAAACACCAGGCCAAGUGCAAUAUUUGUAAAGAAUACCCAAUUGUUGGAUUUAGAUACCGCUGUUUAAAAUGUUUCAACUUCGAUAUGUGUCAGAAAUGCUUCUUCAACGGUCGCAAAGCCAAAAAUCACAAGCUGACACAUCCUAUGCAAGAAUACUGCACAGCUACGACAUCAGGUGAAGACGUGCGUGACUUCACGAGGGCUCUCCGUAAUAAAUUCAAAUCUGCGAGAUACUUCAAGAAACACCCCAGAGUUGGAUACUUGCCGGUCCAGACCGUACUCGAAGGAGACGCGCUGGAGUCCCCCGCGCCGUCCCCGCAGCACGGCGCGGGCGCGGGCGGCGCGGGCGCCGACGACAUGCACUCGCGCCUCGAGCUGUACGCCACGCGCCUCGCGCAGGUCGAGCUGGGCGCGCGCGCCGCCGACACGCCCGACAGCGAUGAGGAGCACGCCCUCAUCGCUCAAUAUUGCGCUUCGCUAAACGGAGCCUCGGAGGGAGUGGAUGGAGAAGGUGAUGGCGAAGAUGCGCCACGCUCUCCCGUGCACGUCGUGUCGGUCAUCCAUCGGGAACAACGACACGAACUGGAGGCUAUGAUCAGAGAACUUGAAGAAGAAAAUGCUAGUCUUCAAGCAGAGUACGAACGGCUUAAGGCCAAACAAACACCAGGCUCCACUCCUGAAGAACAGCAUGCGGUCACCGACAACAGGAAUGCGCCUGUUGAUCAGGAUAUGAUGGCGGAAGCUCGUCUCCUCCGACAGCAUAAGGGACGACUGGAGGCUCGCAUGCAGAUCUUGGAAGAACAUAACCGUCAGCUGGAGGCGCAGCUGCAACGCUUGCGUAGACUGCUGGACGAGCCGGGCGCGGCGCAGGGCUCGCCGGGCGCGCGCACGGGCACGCUGCAGACGCGCUCCGUCACCGCCUCGCAGCUCGCCACCGACUCGCCCGCCAAGCUGCACAACGGCCUCUACCACGACACCAAUGGCGGUCGUGCAGAGAGGGAGACGCGCGAACUGGAGCGUCCGCCACCGCCGCCGCACGCCGUGCAUUCGCUCAUGCACUGCGCAGAUGAUCUUGGCCGAGCUGUUGAAGAAUUAGUAUCAGUUAUGACGGAGGAUCAAAAUCAGAAUUCCAACGCACCUCCUCAAUAUACCAACGGGAAACAAGAAGACAAAGACAAAUAGGUUUCUCCUUCGAAAACAUUCGAUCCGACGCGCUAUGGUGCUGAAGCGGACAAAUGUUACCAGUAUUUAAAUAUUGAUAACAAUUUGUAACCGAUUCUUAUAUCGCUUCGGCAACACUGUUGAAUUACUUACCAAAGAUUGCUUUACUGUACACCUGUAUUUUAAUAUUUAUAUGCACAAUAAGAUCUUAUUUCUCAAGUUAAUUUUAAAUAUAUUUACCGAUAAUUACGGUAACCGUUUACUAAUUUUCGACUCAUCACUAACAAUACCUGCACGUGCUUAUCUGUACAAACUAUACAAGAGCUAACUUCAUUACCAUAACACUAAUAUCGAACCGAGCUUCCUAUUUACACUUGGCAUUAAACGGGUCACGGGAAUUUAAUCCUUAGGAUCGGAGCCACAAGUUGAUCAGUUCCUAAGCUGAACAAUUAAUGAUAGCUACGGUUUCGUAGAGACGAUAUUCGUAUGCAACGCUUAUUGUAUAGAUAAGGGCAUGCCUUUGUUGCAGUACGUAUCGUGAUUGAGUCCUAACCUUGUUCUAAUAUUAUAUUUGUAUAUGGUAACUCAGCACUGCUGUCGAAGCGAAGCGAUUCAACGAAAAAGACAAUGUAAAGAGCAUUUACACUUUAUUAAAUUGUACCAAAUUUAUCAAUACUUGAUAAAAAAAAAACUUUUUAUUAAUUAUUUAAGUACAUAUCUAUUAGUACAAUUUCCAUUUCAUAUCACUUCUUGUAAAUUAUCAUAUCAUUUUUUGCUGUGUAAAAAAUAAAUUGACAUAUGUAUAAAAUGUCACGAAAAAAAUUUAAGCGCGAACGCCUCCAUUUUUAAUCAGAAUUUGAUAUCGAAAUUUUUCUAAGGCAGCUUAUAAAGGGCUAAAGCUUUAAGUAUAUCACAAAGUUAGCUUUAAUAUACCCUACGUUGACAUGUUUAAUGCAAUCCGGUAAACAUUUUUACCGUUACGACGAGAGGGCCUACGUUCUAGUGGAAAGUGUAUCGUUAUUAGAUAAAGUCCCCGUUAUCAACGUAUUAUAUUAUGUCAUUACAAUAUGACGGUAGUUAAAGAAUUCGUUAAACGGUUUUUACAGUAGUAUUAGAUGUAGCCAAAUAAAUAACGAGCAUGUUAUAUAUGUGCAUAUUGUAUGUUACAUAAUUAUAUCGAGUUAUCAAAAAAAAUGUAUCGUUAGAUGAAAAUAUGAAUAAUCCAGCUUCUAUUCAUUAGUCAUUUUCUGUUACGUAUUGAGGUCUGACAUUGUAGGAACUCUUCUUAGCGAAUAUGAAAACAUGUAACCAAACUUUUUCACUAUUACAAAGGCAUAACACUUGACCUUCCUUUCUAGUUAUUAUAUGGAAUGUGACAUUUUCUGUCCCAUUCGUACGUUUGGAUAUUUUGUAAUGUGUCUACUUAUAAGAUGAUGCCUACCUUUUUAGAUAAGAUUAUAUUGGAGAGAUGACUUUUAUACGAAUGUUAAGUAACUGUUGACGCUAACUUUACAAUAAGUACUUCCAAUUAACCAUAUCAAGUUUCGUUUAAAUUUGGCCAAUAUUCUUUAUAUCGUUCAUCGAUUUUAAUAAUCCAUUUUACGAUUUUUAUGUAUGAAAUAUUUCUAUUGUGGAUUAUUAUAUCUGUGACCACAAUUAUUUACUUAUGUUUUUUUUAACUGGCAACUCGUUAUUAUUCCGUUUCGUUUUAUGACGAAUAAUCCUAGUUUUAAUUUGGCUAAUAUAGACUUUAAGAAUACGAAAAGCACAAUUUAUUACUUAUCGAAUGGAAAAUUAUUAUUAAAUCAACACUAAUAUAUUGUUAAUAAUUUUAAUGUAUUUGUUUAACGUGUAGGACGAGUCUUAUUUUUUUGUUUCUUUAAUAUUGGCAAAGUUAUAUAAAAUAUACUACUUCCGCAUUUAUUUGUAUAUUUUACUGUGUUUAUAAUGUUUUAGAAGUUAAAUCCAAAUAAA